AUGGCAGAGGCAGCAAUCAGUGGCCUAGGAAAAAGCACAGGGGCCAAGAGCACCUCAGAGAGGGAUGUGCCUCACAUUCGACUGAUCGGCGACGGCGACAUGGAGGACUUCUACAUAUUUGGAAAGAAGUUGGGCCACGGAAGUUACGGGGUGGUGUAUGAAGCCACGCACAUUAGAACGCAGACCCAAUGGGCCAUCAAGACGGUUUGCAAAGCAGAACCGGGGAGUAAUAAAAUCAAGAUGCUGGAGCAAGAAAUUAAAAUACUCAAACAAGUGGAUCACCCACACAUUCUGCGUCUGGAGGAGAUCUACGAAACAGCUCAGAUGACAUAUUUGAUCACUGAGCUGUGCGUUGGAGGUGAAUUGAAGCAGGUGUUAAAGCAGAAACGCUUCUUUCCAGAAGAGGAGGCGAGACACAUCAUCGGAUGCUUAGCAGACGCCAUCACCUACCUUCACAAAAAAAAAAUAAUGCAUCGGGAUUUGAAACUCGAAAAUAUUUUGGUGAAAAAUUCUCUUGAUGACUACAAUGGCAAGCUUGACAUUAAGGUUGCAGACUUUGGUUUAUCAGUGAAGACAUAUGGUGUCGGCAGUGAAAGCAUUCUGUCGGACGUUUGCGGGACUCCAAUCUAUAUGGCUCCUGAAAUGAUGAGCCAACGUGGUUACACACACUGGUGUGAUAUGUGGAGCGUAGGCGUCAUUAUGUAUAUUUUGCUGUGUGGGGAGCCUCCGUUUGUGUCCAAAUCAAAAGAAAACCGACUUAAGGAGAUUAGAACAAUAGGAGUUCAAUUUUCUUCACCCAUCUGGGACACCGUCAGUGAUGCAGCCAAAACGGUAGUGACGUGCCUCCUAAAAGAGAACCCCGCUUACCGCAUGUCAGCUAAUCAGUUACGGGACAACCCGUGGAUUACAGGUGAUACCAGCACGCCUGCAUUGCCUCUCAACGCACUGGAAAUGAUGCACAACUUCCACCGACAGGAGAAAAGUACGCAGGAUUCAGGCUUCCCCGAGGACCCUUCCCAUGUUUCCUGCGAGUAUUUGUCAGCGUCGCCAGAAGUCAAAAGCAACGGCUUGAACCACGACGAGCUCUGCGACUCUUACUGCGCACCGUCCACGUCCAACCAAGCGACUGGCGUGAAACCGCGCUCACAGCCUCUGAUCCCGCUCAAGUCCCAGCGCAAGACCUCGGUGAAGAAAGCGGCACCAGUCCCCCAUCAAAACGGACAGAGAUCUCCUCCGCCUCCUCUCAAAGUAUGA